AACCUCAGUACUUUCCUUCUCCCAUACCUCACACAAUUCAUGAUCUCAGGCCUCAGGUCUCGCACAUAUACAUAUACUAGCAUGGCUCGUUCACGUGCCAUGGUCGCCUUAACUUUGGUGCUCGCUCUUAUAUCAUGUUCAGUAGCUCAAAGUCCGUCAGCAUCACCAACAAUGCCACCAAGUUCAAGCACCACACCGUCCACAGGCGGUACUCCUCCUACAGCAUCCACUCCACCACCCAAUACUAUGACACCUCCCCCUGCUGUGACUCCAACUUCCUCACCCCCACCUACCAUGUCCAACCCUCCUUCCAUGACUCCAACAAGCCCGACAACCCCAAUGGCUCCUAGCCCUUCAUCAACUUCAAUGGCUCCUUCGCCAUCUAUAGCUUCUCCUCCUGGACCUGCGGCAGCUGGUGGACCUGGUUCCUCCACUGAGGGGGAGCCAACUAUGCCUCCCGUUAUGUCAUCACCAAGUUUUGCUGCUUCGACACGUGAAUACAGUAUAUCCUUGUUAGCAUUGCUUGCAGGAGCUGCACUCUUUGUUUAG